UUUCCGCAAAAUAUCGAGUGAAAAAAAUAUCAAGAACCAGACAGGAGCAAGAACGCCAUUGAAGGAAGCUGAAUACGAGCAAGUGAUUGAAGCAUUACCCAGUUGGCUUCGUGCGAACGUGGUCAGAGAAACGAAACAGUAGAAGGAAAAGAGCAAGUCAUGCAAGAAACUUGGGUUCUUCCUUGCACAUUAUUCAAAUGCAUUAUCGCGAGGCCGAGGCUUCAUGACAACAGCUUCAAAUGGAGAGUAUCAAGUAGCUCGGAGAAAGGCGAUUCUCUUGACAAUUUUAAGAGGGACAGCUUUUACUUCGAUAAGCGUGGCAAAUUGAGGAGAUUCGAUCACAAAAAGGUCUCCAGGAAAAAGGGUGGGUCUUUGAGAAGCCAAGGUUGGAAGUACGGCUCUGGGUUUGUGGAUGGGAUAUUCCCAGUUCUGAGUCCUAGUGCUCAGCAAAUUCUGAGCUUCGUUAUGGAGGAAAAUGAUGCUAACAGGGUCAAUGCUUGUCUUGAUACUCUCCCUCCAACUCAUGCCACUUGGGAUGAUGUCAUAAAUGUAGCUGUUCAACUUCGUUUGAAUAAGAAAUGGUACCCAAUAAUCCUGAUAGGUGAGUGGUUACUGCAUAGGAGCUCCUUCCAGCCAGAUGUAAUCUGCUACAAUUUAUUGAUAGAUGCUUACGGACACAAGUCAAUGAAUCAGAAGGCAGAAAGCACGUAUUUGCAACUUCUUGAAGCUCGGUGUGUUCCUACUGAGGAUACAUAUGCCCUUCUUCUGAAAGCCUACUGUACAUGUGGCUUGCUAGAGAAAGCCGAGGCUGUCUUUGCGGAGAUGAGAAAAUAUGGCCUUCCUCCAAGUGCUGCUGUGUAUAAUGCAUACAUUGAUGGGCUAAUGAAGGGAGGAAAGCCUGAAAAGGCAAUCAAGAUCUUUGAUAGGAUGAAGAGAGAGUCUUGCCAACCAACGACUGAGACAUACACCAUGCUAAUCAACUUGUUUGGAAAGGCAAGUAAAUCCUAUAUGGCCUUAAAGAUGUUCAAUGAAAUGAGAAGUCAAAGGUGUAAGCCAAAUAUCUGCACAUAUACCGUUCUCAUCAAUGCAUUUGCAAGGGAGGGGCUAUGUGAAAAAGCAGAAGAGAUAUUUGAGCAGCUGCAGGAAGCUGGGCAUGAGCCAGAUGUUUAUGCUUAUAAUGCACUCAUGGAAGCUUACAGCCGUGCAGGUUAUCCCUAUGGUGCAGCAGAAAUCUUCUCACUCAUGCAGCACAUGGGCUGUGAACCUGACAGGGCUUCAUUCAAUAUUAUGGUAGAUGCAUAUGGGAGAUCAGGUCUUUAUAAAGAUGCAGAAUCUGUUUUUGAAGACAUGAAGCGACUAGGGAUAGUCCCCACGAUGAAAUCACACAUGCUACUUUUAUGUGCUUACUCGAAAAGUGGCAACGUAGCUAAGUGUGAGGACAUCGUAAGACAGAUGCAGCAAUCUGGGCUCGAGCCAGAUACUCACGUCCUCAACAACAUGUUGAACCUCUAUGGUCGAUUAGGACAAUUUGAAAAGAUGGAGGAAGUGUUGAAUGCAAUGGAAACUGGGCCAUAUGUAGCCGAUAUAACCACUUAUAAUACACUGAUUAAUGCAUAUGCACGAGCAGGGUAUUUGGAAAAAGUCGAGGAGCUUUUCCAGAUGAUUCCUAUCAAAAGGUUACGGCCGGAUGUCGUGACGUGGACGUCUCGACUUGGAGCAUACUCAAGAAAGAAGCUAUACAAAAGAUGUUUAGACAUUUUUGAGGAAAUGAUUGAUUCUGGUUGUUUCCCGGAUGGAGGAACUGCGAAAGUGCUGCUUUCGGCAUGUUCGAGUGAAGAUCAGAGAGAGCAGGUCACCGCUGUCAUCAGAACCAUGCACAAGAGCAUGAGAACUGCUUUGCCUGUAUAAAGGAAGCACGCUUCCUAUAGUUUGAUGAGCGAAAACAAUCUUGGAAAUGAUAUGGCUGUCCAAGGUGUGGUUUCUUUGUUCA